CUGGGAUCACACUGAGCUCGCCACAUCCCCAAAGCAGCUGAACCCUCCGCACCAACCAGCCCAGGUCAAACCCCGGAGGCCCCAUGGAGUUCCCUGGCCUCGGGGCCCUGGGGACCUCCGAGCCCCUGCCCCAGUUUAUGGACCCUGCCUUGGUGUCCUCGCCACCAGAGUCGGGGGUCUUCUUCUCCUCCGGGCCCGAGGGCUUGGAUACAGCCGUCUCCACGGCCCCCGGCACCGCCACGGCUGCAGCUGCCGCACUGGCUUACUACAGGGAUGCUGAGGCCUACAGACAUUCCCCAGUCUUUCAGGUGUACCCACUGCUCAACUGCAUGGAGGGGAUCCCAGGGGGCUCACCAUAUGCUGGCUGGGCCUAUGGCAAGCCUGGGCUCUAUCCUGCCUCAACGGUGUGCCCCAUCCGAGAGGACUCCCCUCCCCAGGCCGCCGAAGAUCUGGAUGGGAAAGGCGGCAGCAGCUUCCUGGAGACCUUAAAGACAGAGCGGCUGAGUCCAGACCUCUUGACCCUGGGGCCUGCACUGACUUCAUCAAUCCCUGUCCCCAGCAGUGCCUAUGGGGGCCCUGACUUUUCCAGUACCUUCUUUUCUCCCACUGGGAGCCCCCUCAAUCCAGCAGCUUAUUCCUCCCCCAAGCUUCGUGGAACUCUGCCUCUAACUCCCUGUGAGGCCAGAGAGUGUGUGAAUUGCGGAGCAACGGCCACUCCACUGUGGCGGCGAGACAGGACAGGCCACUACCUGUGCAACGCCUGUGGCCUCUAUCACAAGAUGAAUGGGCAAAACAGGCCCCUCAUCCGGCCCAAGAAGCGCCUGAUUGUCAGCAAACGGGCAGGUACCCAGUGCACCAACUGCCAGACAACCACAACCACGCUGUGGCGGAGAAACGCCAGUGGGGACCCUGUGUGCAACGCCUGUGGCCUCUACUACAAGCUCCACCAGGUGAACCGACCACUGACCAUGCGCAAGGAUGGCAUCCAGACCCGAAACCGCAAAGCAUCUGGAAAAGGGAAAAAGAAAAGGGGGUCAAGCCUGGGAGGUACAGGAGCAGCUGAAGGACCAGCUGGCGGCUUCAUGGUGGUGGCUGGGGGCAGCAGUAGCGGCAAUUGCGGGGAGGCGGCCUCAGGCUUAACACUGGGCCCCCCUGGUACUGCCCACCUCUACCAAGGCCUGGGCCCCGUGGUGCUGUCAGGGCCAGUUAGCCACCUCAUGCCUUUCCCGGGACCCCUGCUAGGCUCACCCACAGGCUCCUUCACCACAGGCCCAGUGCCUCCCACCACCACCACCACUGUGGUGGCCCCGCUCAGCUCGUGAGGGCACAGAGCAUGGCCUCGGAGCAGGGGUGGCACCCCUCUCCUCUUGUAGCCGGCAAGUCUGUCCAACCCAACCCUCUGGGCCCCAGACAACCCCUGGCCUGGACC